AUGUCAUGUUAUACAUUAAUAAAAAUCAAAUCUUUAGAUACCCUUUGGUUUAAAUCUAUAAAAAAAGUCAUAAAGUUGUUGUCUUUAUAUAACAGAAAUUAGUUAUUCCUAAUUUUUUAUUUUGAUGUGUUGUUUCUUGAAGUGUUGAGAUUGAGGGAGGAGGAAAAAAAACAAGAAAAAAGAGAGAUGGGGUUUGAGGGUAUGAAAAAGUUGAAACCUUUAUUGCAUUUGUUGUUACCAUUAUGUGUUCAUUGGAUUGCUGAAGAGAUGACUGUUUCUGUGCUUGUUGAUGUUACUACUGGUGCUCUUUGUCCAGGCAAAACCACUUGUUCUGAAGCUAUUUACAUCAAUGGUGUUCAACAAACAAUCGUUGGAAUAUUCAAGAUGAUAGUCCUUCCUAUCCUAGGUCAGCUUGCAGAUGAGUAUGGGCGUAAACCACUUCUUAUUCUCACUGUAUCUACAACAAUUAUUCCUUUCGGUUUACUCACCAUCAAUAAGUCAAGGGAAAUGGUCUAUGCUUAUUAUGUCUUGCGGACGAUUUCCUAUAUCAUAAGUCAAGGGAGCAUUUUCUGUAUCUCUGUUGCUUAUGCGGCAGAUGUAGUUGACGUGAGUAGUAGAGCUGCAGUGUUUAGUUGGAUUACAGGCCUUUUUUCUGCAUCCCAUGUUCUCGGGAAUGUCCUCGCACGUUUUCUUCCCGUGGGCUACAUUUUCCAGGUUUCAAUAGGUCUCUUGAUCUUUGUUCCUGUUUAUAUGACGCUGUUUCUAGAGGAGACUGUAGCACCAAAAACAGAGGUGAACCGAAGUUCGACGCUAAAGAGCAAUACACUUAAGAUUGUCCAGGAACGAUAUAACUCAAUGAGAUAUGCUGCAAAUCUGGUCACUAGCAGUCCAACACUGAAGUGCAUUUCUCUUGUAUCUUUCUUCUACGAGUUGGGAAUGUCCGGGAUCAGCGGUGUUUUGCUGUACUAUUUGAAAUCGGCUUUUGGCUUCAACAAGAAUCAGUUCUCAGAAAUUUUGAUGAUGGUGGGAGUAGGUUCCAUAGUCUCACAGAUUGUGGUGCUUCCUCUUAUCAAUCCUCUUUUUGGGGAGAAAGUGAUACUUUGUCUGGCCUUGCUUUCAUCAAUAGCCUAUGCAAUGCUCUAUGGAUUAGCAUGGGCACCUUGGGUGCCAUAUUUAAGUGCUUCUUUUGGGGUCAUCUACAUCCUUGUUAAACCUUCUACUUAUGCUGUAAUAUCUAAAGCAGCACUUUCAGCAGAUCAGGGCAAAGCACAGGGCUUUGUUGCUGGUAUUCAAUCAGUCGCGAGUUUGUUAUCUCCAAUUGUAAUGAGUCCAUUGACCUCAUGGUUUUUAUCCCGCGAUGCACCUUUCAACUGCAAAGGAUUCAGUAUACUCUGUGCUUCUUUAUGCAUGGUCGUUUCACUGUGUUAUGCUAGCGCGCUAAAAGUUGAGGCACCACGAGAGAGGACCUUCAAUGAAAAUGCAGAGAACAUCGAAGCACCACUUUUGACAUGAUACUUUUGAGACGUUGGUGACCAUUUUACCAAAAUUCUCUAUGCUAUAGGCACCCGAGGAUGUCCCUUUAUACAACGAUAAUAAGUCCGAUCUACGUACGAUAGAGUUGUAAAUCUUAUGAAGCUAAGUCUGAUCUUAGAUUAGAAAGAAGUGUAUUAUUCAUCUUGUAUUAAAAUUUGUAGCUCUUCAAUGUAUCACUUUAUUUUUUUGGUCUAAAUGAAAGAUGUUGAUUUGUAGUUUGUACUUUUGUAUAUAUGAAAUUGGGGUUAUGCACAUUAUAUUAGUGAA